GACGCACGCAUGACGCACGCAGGGGUAUAAAUAGAGGGCGGGCUGCGGUUUCUCGCACAGGAGCCGCCGGCGAGGGGGCAAAGAGGAAGCUUUAUUGAAGCCGGAAAGAAGUUGAAAUUACAGACAUCCUGCCAAAAUGACUUCUUCAAAGCCCAGACUUGUUGUACCCUAUGGCCUCAAGACUCUGCUUGAGGGAGUCAGCAGAGCCAUUCUCAAAACCAAUCCGACAAAUAUCACCCAGUUUGCAGCAGUUUAUUUUAAAGAACUCAUUGUGUUUAGAGAAGGGAAUUCAUCUCUGGAUAUAAAAGAUCUGAUUAAACAGUUCCAUCAGACGAAAGUAGAGAAAUGGGCAGAAGGAGCGACAGUGGAGAAGAAGGAACAUGUAAAGGAACCAGGAAAAACACUUCCAGUUUCCUGCGAACCUACACGGAUGGAAAAAUCCACAGACACGGAGGAGGACAAUGUAGCUGGACCAAUAUUUAGCAACAAAACCACCCAGUUUCCAUCAGUUCAUGCUGAAAUCCAGCCUGAGGAGACAAGUGAAGGAGUGUGUGGUCCUUCUUCCAAACCAACCACACCCAAGACUACCACCCCACCCUCAUCACCACCCCCCGCAUCCGUCUCUGCAGAGUAUGCCUAUGUCCCGGCUGACCCAGCUCAGUUUGCUGCUCAGAUGUUAGCACUAGCAACAAGCGAAGCAGGACAACCACCACCAUAUUCUAAUAUGUGGACACUUUAUUGUCUAACUGAUAUGAAUCAACAAAGUCGCCCAUCACCGCCACCUGCACUUGGGCCUUUUCCCCAAGCAACCCUCUAUUUACCUAAUCCUAAGGAUCCACAAUUUCUGCAGAAUCCACCGAAAGUCACUUCUCCAACCUAUGUGAUGAUGGAUGACAGCAAGAAGACCAAUGCCCCACCUUUUAUUUUAGUAGGCUCAAAUGUUCAGGAAGCGCAGGAUUGGAAACCUCUUCCUGGACAUGCUGUUGUGUCACAGUCAGAUGCCUUGAAGAGAUAUGCUACAGUACAAGUGCCCAUUGCUGUUCCUGCAGAUCAGACAUUCCAGAGACCUGCCCCAAAUCCCCAGAAUGCUAGUCCUCCAACAAGUGGACAAGAUGGCCCCAGACCGCAAAGCCCGGUCUUUCUUUCUGUCGCUUUCCCAGUAGAAGAUGUAGCUAAAAAGAGUUCAGGAUCUGGUGACAAACGUACUCCCUUUGGAAGUUAUGGUAUUGCUGGUGAAAUCACUGUGACUACUGCCCAUGUCCGCAGAGCAGAAUCUUAAAAGAAUGCUGAAAUGAUGCUGAGUCAGCAUUCGAGGUGGAGUCUGUCACCAUGUGCACUGUAUCAAUAAACUUCCUGCAAGCAUAAAA